UUUCACUGUUACUUACUAGUCCUUUACGUAUUUACGUCUUUCUACUCGUCUCAUAUUUUAUUUUACUUCACUUUAUACCAACCUUCUUCGGCCAUAUCUACCUAGGUAGUCAUAUAGCCACCUACUCAAUAUACUGCCAGCAGUUUAUACCUAGGUACGGAAUUGCCACACGCAAGUUCCAACAUGGCGACGACCACGAUAACAGCAACCGUCCGGAAGAAGGAUGCCAACCUCCCGCCCGAGAACGAGCGAUUCUUGCGCUGCUGCGCUGAUAUCGCCAACGCCCUUAUCGAGGACCAUGAGGCUUCUAAAGACCCCAAGAAUCCUAAGCGAGAUAUCAACCUCAACAGCUUGCGCUCCAAGUUUUCUAGAAAACACAAAAUCGCCAGCAUGCCCCCACUCACUGCCAUCAUCGCCGCCGUCCCCGAACACUACAAGAAAUAUAUCUUACCAAAGCUGAUCGCAAAGCCUAUUCGCACUUCCUCUGGAAUCGCCGUUGUAGCUGUUAUGUGUAAGCCGCAUAGGUGUCCUCACAUCGCCUACACUGGCAAUAUUUGCGUCUAUUGCCCAGGUGGACCCGACUCCGACUUCGAAUAUAGCACCCAGUCCUAUACGGGAUACGAACCUACGUCCAUGCGCGCUAUUCGCGCCCGAUAUGACCCUUUCGAACAAGCCCGUGGCCGUGUCGAUCAGCUCAAGUCUCUCGGGCACUCGGUUGACAAAGUUGAAUAUAUUAUAAUGGGUGGUACAUUUAUGUCAUUGCCCGUGCCGUACCGAGAGGAGUUCAUUUCGCAGUUGCAUAACGCUCUGAGCGGUUAUCAAACGACGAACGUAGACGAGGCGGUUGAAGCUGGUGAGAUGAGCAACGUCAAAUGCGUCGGUAUUACCAUCGAGACUCGGCCGGACUACUGUUUACAACCACACCUAACGGAUAUGCUCCGCUACGGAUGUACGCGCCUAGAAGUCGGGGUUCAAUCAUUGUAUGAGGAUGUCGCGCGAGAUACCAACAGAGGCCACACCGUAGCUGCGGUUGCGGAAACGUUCUGUUUUGCUAAAGACGCCGGGUUUAAAGUUGUCUCCCACAUGAUGCCUGACUUACCGAAUGUAGGCAUGGAGCGCGAUUUAGAUCAGUUUAGAGAAUAUUUCGAGAAUCCAGCAUUCCGGACCGAUGGCUUAAAGAUCUAUCCGACGCUAGUUAUUCGUGGUACCGGGCUUUACGAGUUAUGGCGCACAGGCCGUUACCAAAAUUAUACCCCUAACGAUUUAAUCGACAUCGUCGCUAGGAUACUAGCGCUGGUGCCGCCGUGGACUAGAAUUUAUCGAGUUCAGAGAGACAUUCCGAUGCCGCUGGUCACUUCGGGUGUCGAAAAUGGAAAUCUCCGAGAAUUAGCGCUUGCUCGGAUGAAGGAUUUCGGUACAACGUGUCGCGAUGUAAGAACCCGCGAGGUUGGCAUUAACGAAGUCAAACACAAGAUUCGGCCGAAUCAGAUCGAACUCAUUCGUCGGGAUUACACAGCCAACGGUGGGUGGGAGACCUUCCUAGCCUAUGAGGACCCCAAGCAAGAUAUCUUGGUCGCAUUGCUUCGUUUACGCAAAUGCACCGAAAAGUACACCUACCGUGAAGAAUUGACUGGCCAGCAAACCAGUCUGGUCAGGGAGCUCCACGUAUACGGAACUGCCGUUCCAGUACAUGCUAGAGAUCCCAAAAAGUUCCAACAUCAAGGCUUCGGUACCCUCCUGAUGGAAGAGGCGGAACGUAUCGCGCGUGAUGAGCAUGGAAGCGAUAAGAUCAGCGUUAUCAGUGGUGUUGGGGUGAGAAGCUAUUAUAGAAAGCUUGGGUAUUGGUUGGACGGGCCCUACAUGAGUAAAUGGCUUAAUGGUCGUCCGCAAAAUCAGUCUUGAACGUAAGCGUGGAACGAAUAAUACCGGCACGCUAUCUGUAGGGCCUUGCAACCAAGAGGUACGGAACGGAGGGUUUCAAGAAGCUCAUAAAAAUACUUGCCACAUGCCCGUUAGUCUCUGCCUAACAUGCAACUAUCAAAGAGCUAGAGUCACCUCGUCUCAGCCUUUCUACGCCCAGAUGUGUUAAGUGUCCAUCGAGACACUAAACGUGGACGCAACAGCUGACAAUAGACAUCUUGGCUAUUCAUUCGGUCCGAACACA